UGCUUUCUGAGCACCGCGCGGUGGUGUCUGCGGCUGUCCCUGCGCGUCCCGUCGGGUGCCCCCAGGAGCGCCAUGGCCGAGCUGGUUCCUCUGGCCGAGGAGCUGUCGUGCUCCAUCUGCCUGGAGCCCUUCAAGGAGCCCGUCACCACCCCCUGCGGCCACAACUUCUGUAGGUCGUGCCUGGAUGAGACGUGGGUCGUCCAGGGCCCGCCGUACCGAUGCCCGCAGUGCCGCACCGUGUACCAGGUGCGCCCGCAGCUGCGCAAGAACACGGUGCUGUGCGCAGUGGUGGAGCAGUUCCUGCAAGCCGAUCAGGCACGGACGCCGGUGGACGACUGGACGCCCCCUGCGCGCUCCGCCACUUCCAGCUCAGCCACUCAGGUGGCCUGUGACCACUGCCUGAAGGAGUUCGCGGUGAAGACGUGCCUCGUGUGCAUGGCCUCUUUCUGCCAGGAGCACUUGAGACCGCACUUCGACAGUCCCGCCUUCCUGGACCACCCCUUGCAGCCACCCGUCCGUGACCUGCUGCGCCGCAAAUGUCCCCAGCACAACCGCCUUCGGGAAUUGUUUUGCCCCGAGCAUCGCGAAUGCAUCUGCCAUAUCUGCCUGGUAGAGCACAAGACCUGUUCCCCUACACCCUUAAGCCAGGCCAGCGCCGACCUGGAGAACAAACUGAGGCAUAAACUGUCCAUCAUGCACAGUCACAUCAGCGGGGCAACCAGAGCACUGGACGAUGUGAGAGCCAAGCAGCAGAGUGUGCGCGACUCUAUGAGUAGGAAGCUGGAACAAUUGAGACAAGAAUAUGUGGAGAUGAAGGCCGUCAUUGAUUCGGCAGAGACCGGCUCCACACGCAGGCUGAAGGAGGAGGAGAAGAGGGUCUCUGGAAAGUUGGACACCAUCUACCAGGUCCUGGUCAAGAAGAAGAAUGAGAUGCAGGGCCUGAAGGCAGAGGUUGAGCUCACCCUGGCCAAAGGGGAUGAGUUUGAGUUUCUGGAGAAAGCUGCAAAGUUGCAAGAAAUGUCAACGAAACCAGUCUACAUCCCCAAGAUUGACCUAGACCACGAGUUGAUAAAGGUGGUCUACCAGGGCGUGGUGGACCUCAAGAAUGACCUGAAGCGCUCCAUCAAGCAGCUCCAGGAGAGGGCUGAAGAGUCCAUUGGCCCAGGUGACGUGGGAGGUCAUGGUACAGAGUCCACAUCUAAGCCUACACGCCCUGGGAAGAAGCCCCAACAGGAUAAGAAGGCCAAGAAAACCCCUGCUACUGGCCCCACUCCCAACUCUCCCUCAUCCAACAAGCCCACCUUUGGAGCUCCCGGGCAGUCAAUGGAUUUUAAAACAACUAUCCCUGAUGCCACACCCAAAGUCAACAUCCCACAGCCAAACUUGACUGCGCUCAAAGCCAAGAUACUAGAAAACUUCUUAGCCAAGUCUAGAGCCGAGCUACUGGAGUAUGCCGUUAAAGUCAUCUUCGACUACAAUACUGCCCACAACAAGGUGACGCUGACAGACAACUAUACCACCGCGUCUGUGGCCGAGGGUCUUCAGCAGUACCACUCCCAUCCUCAGAGGUUCACCUACUGUUCUCAGGUCCUGGGGCUGCACUGCUAUAAGAAAGGCAUUCACUACUGGGAGGUGGAGCUGCAGAAGAACAACUUCUGUGGCGUAGGCAUCUGCUACGGCAGCAUGGAGCGGCAGGGCCCCGAGAGCCGGCUGGGCCGGAACGCCAACUCGUGGUGCGUGGAAUGGUUCAAUAACAAGAUCUCGGCCUGGCACAACAACGUGGAGAAAACUCUGCCCUCCACCAAGGCCACGCGGGUCGGUGUACUUCUCAACUGUGACCACGGCUUUGUCAUUUUCUUUGCUGUCACUGAAAAGGUCUACCUGAUGUAUAAGUACAAGGUGGACUUUACUGAAGCCCUGUACCCAGCCUUCUGGGUCUUCUCUGCGGGCACCAAGCUUUCUAUUUGCUCCUCCAAGUAGGCAAGCCGCUAGGCCAGCCUCAGACACUUGGACUUGCCGAGGAACAUCCAAGACUGGUAAAAACACCGUAGAAGGUAUUCUCCUAGGAGAGCUUCUGAGUCCCCAACAGAUAGGACAUUUGGUGGGGACUUGGGGAAAAGGCUGAGAGAAUAAAACUGGGAGAUUUGGCUCAGAAAGGGGUGGGGUGAUUGUUUCAUGGAUGGGGAAGCCUAUCUACCUCCCAAUGCCUCUUAGGACAGGAUGACCCCCCCCCCUUCCAGUGUUCUGGGAAAUCUCUCAGGCUGCUAGCCACUUGGGCAGAGCUUCAGAGAGAAUCGUUAGUGCUCCUAUUGUCUUUUCUUUUUUUUUCGAGACAGGGUUUCUCUGUAGCUUUGGAGCCUGUCCUGGAACUAGCUCUUGUAGACCAGGCUGGUCUUGAACUCACAGAGUGCUGGGAUUAAAGGCGUACGCCACCACUGCCUGGCAACUCCUGUUGUUUUGCAGAAAGUCUGUAGCCACAUUUUCUUUCAGGUGAUGGAUGUCCACUCUUUGGGAUAGCCUUCAGACCUUCGUGUUUUGAUUAUGCUCUAGAUUAAAAAAAGCCAGGUGUAGUGGUCUAGGCCUCUAGUUCCAGCACUUGGGAAGCAGAGACAGGUGGAUCUUUACGAAUUUCGAGACCAGCUUAGUCUACAUAGGGAGUUUCAGGACAGCUGAAGCUACAUAGUGCAACCCUGUCUCAAAAAACAAACAAACCAAACAAAAAACAAGCAAACAUUCAGUUUUUGGGAUCAGCGUGUAUAUUAUCUCUUUGGCACUAGGUAUUGAAUCUCGGACCUUCAUAUGCUCUACUUCUGAGCCUAAUCCCUACUCUGAGUUUCCAUAUAUCUCUUCCUCCCGGGAAUCUUUUGUAGAUAAGGCUUCAAACUCUGAUCUGAAUCAGCUUGUGUCAAUGAACCCUGAUCUGGUUGAGAUGGAAUCUCUCCCUCUCCAAGGGCAUCUCACCAGGGACAUGUUGAAUGUGGCCCCUUCCUCCAGAUUGUAGAUACUGGGCUGUGGCUGUACAUUGUCACCCUUUGUUAAGUGACCAGCCACACCUCAUUCCCAUACCCUACCAUCAUGCAGAUGGGCUGCAUGUGGUUGCAUCAGGAGCCAUGCAGGAUCACCCACUGAGGUGACUCAGUGGCCUGAAGGACCUGUGGGAGACAGACAUUUUUCUGUUUUUCCCUUAGCCACAGACUGCAGGCCCAGUGCUGAGUCCAAGACCCAUUACCUAACUUGGACCAUUCUGCUGUCUUCUUCAUGUGAGCCAAUUCCAGAUGCUCAUACAGACCAAACUAUAGGUUAGGAAGACCUUUCAGGAUAAGAAAAAAAAAAAAAAACAAACCAAGGAGGGUCCAGCCAGUGGCUGUUUUCUCUGCGGUUUUUCAUGCAAUGAAAAUAGCCCAGGCCACUAAAGGGCAGGGAUGGAUGACUGGAAUCUUCCCCUAUCUCCUUCUGUACUGACGUCAAAUCCAGAACCUGUGAGGAUUUGGCCUCUUGUGACAGGAGUCUAGCUCUCUUUCCUAUGUGGGGAGCUCCCUCUUGUAAGCCUUCCUAUGAAGAGAGGUCACUAUGGGGGAAGGUAGGGCCCCUAGACCUUUCAUAUGGAUGGAUACUUGAGAACAUAGCACAUCUCAGAUCUAGUAAUGGAAUUCCAGGGCUCUCAGCAUUGGCAUUCCUGACAGAUGUGUGACCUGUGUCCUCUCCCGGAGGAAUGUUCUGUUCCCUGGGAGCGUCUUUGCAGAGACCAUGUCCCUGUAGAUGAUAUGUGGCCUUUGUGGCCUUUGAAAAGUUGUUUUUUUUUUUCCUUUGCUACACAAAUUCUUGGUGAUUCUUCUCUGAAUUUGAAGAUGUCCAAACGCAUCUUUGCUGAUCUUCUGAAACAAAGCCUGUUUGCAACCAAGUCAGACUUGGGAAACAUCUAGGUUUAGAGAAGUAGAAUGCCAAGGUUCACUGAGGGGUCCUGCUUGGGCUCUUCAGCAGAAAUGAGACCAGCAGUCAAGACUCACAUCCAGGCAGUGUGCAGCUCAGGCCUGGAUGACAUGUGUCCCUCUGUUUAUGAGAGUCAAGCAGGCCACCAAAGCCCAGAGAUGUUUGAGGUGCUUUGGAGUUGUAAGUGGAGGAGUGUGCCCUUGCUGUCUGGUACCUUUCUGUUUGCAAUGGUAAGACCUCACCUUCACCGCAGCCGUUUCUGUAAUCCUGUACCACAGGGUCCUGGAAUGGGCAGAAGCUGUGUGUUCAUCUCACCCCUCCUUGUGCAGAAUCAGGCAGGUGGGAAGGUGGAGGAUGGAUGGCUCUGGUCACCGCUCUUGUCAUUCCAGCAUGGUAGAGAUGCCUAACAUGGAUGACAGGAAAACCCCAGGGUCCUGUAGACAUACAGAACUUGCCAGAAACAUUGAUGUAAAAUCCUAGCUGGGUGCUGUCUCGGUCACUUCCAGCAUGAUAAACAAAAGGUCAAGUCUUUGUAUUAUUCAGGACUGGCUGACUAGUCUUUUUAAUUACUUGGAGAUUGAUUUUCAAUCUGUUACUAAUAUCGAUGUUAUCUUUUACACCAUUUACCUCUCUAUUGAUUUUAGUAAAUUACUAAUGUUUUAGCUGAUGACUUCUUGAACGUAGUGUUUUAGAGGCGACUCAUUACCAAGAUAAUCAUCAUAAACAGGGCAAGGCUGGCCGUUCCUCACUCUGAAUGCAGUGUGGUAGAAUUCUGUGUCCCCUGGGGAUUGAGGUGUGGGGGGAAGAAACUGUCCCCUACUCUGAAAUCCACUGAUGAGGUACCCACCCCCUGAAAGCUACUGCCCAGCGCCUCUGGGUGCUCAGGCUCCACUCCAGAUCCCUUGAAGCCUACCAUAGUGUAGCGAUGAUUGCAGGGAACUUUGGGGAAAUAUUACUCAGAGAGAGGGUGUGGGGGUUUCGCUUCAAGAUAGUGCCAAGGUGGAACAUUGUUGGAAAGUAAGCCCCAUUUGAGUAACCAACAAGGAGAGAUGGGAACCUGGGGCUUGUUUUCUUAUUCUUUCUACUGAUGUUGCACAGGCUUGAACAUUUCUAUCGUGAAAAGUUAAAUAGUGAAAUGGAAAACAGGCCAGACCAGAGAUGGACCCCGUUCCUGAUCUUUGCUACAGAGGAAUGGGUGUCUCAGGAAAUGCUGGCUAUUAACGCAUUUGGCUGGCCUUUGUCCCUGGUUUGGGGGCAUGCGUGGGGGGUGUUAAGUCCUUGGAAUUUCCUGAGAGGAUGGACUGUCAUUGUUAUUUGCCUGCCUGGUGGGAGAUGACCAAGGGUGGCAGCUGGCCAAUAUAAAGACCAGUUUGGUGAUUGAUUAGAGGGCAGAGGCAUUGAGCUCGAAGGCCCCCUCUAGGGGAGAAGAGACAACUGGGGAUUGAGGUGAGUCUGAGACCUCUGGGAAUCCUGCCGGUAAAUGAUGGUUCAAAUCCAGCCCUGGUGGAGACUAGUGCAUCUUCUCUGCAGAUGGGCACACACACGGCUGUGCUUCCUUCAGGCUGAUGCACUCUUGUCCUAGGGUGGCCGGGCAAGGAAGCUCUGUGCUCCAGACCCUUCCAGACCUUGCCCUGUUUGUGAUUCUAUGUUACUCCUUUUGAUUCUUUUCAUUUUAAUAAAAUUAAAAUCAUAAAUACA